AUGAAUGGUCGUCCGAAUCGGUCGGAUGAGGUGAAACGGAAAUCGGAUUCAUUUAACGAUUUGCUUCAACGUGACGUUGUUCAAUCGACUGAACUACGCAAACUAUGCCUUCAUGGCUGCCCCGAUUCGCUCGGUAUUCGAUCGACUUGUUGGAAACUCCUGCUCAAUUAUUUGCCCGAGGCAGCCAAUGUACGUGCAGAAAAACUGGCCAGUUGUCGCGCUGAGUACGCUUCUUAUGUAAAUGAUUUUGUGAUUGAAACAGGGACUACUGAAUCCUCUGAUCAUCCUCUCAGCUCCUCGCCCGGUGGAGAUUGGAUCACCUUUUUCAAUGAUAAUAAAGUAUUACUUCAAAUCAAUCGAGAUUGCCGUCGAUUGUGUCCAGAUUUUGAUUUCUUUCAUCGUGUCACCGACUUUCCCGGAUCCAAACUAUUUGGCAAACAAUGCUCUGUGGCUGUGCUUCGCGGACGUAUCGAAUCCUCGUUUCUUCAGUGUCACGCGGUCAACCGAAAUCUGGUUGGCGUAGUCAACAUGAUUGACAUGCCCCAGUACGAUCCAUUCAUUCCGGGAAAUAGCCUAUCCUCCGGACUGAUUGAGUCGUUCACCUCCUCGGGAGCAACAGGCCCCGGGGCUGUAAAUGAGACUGCGGGAUCCUGUUCGGAUUCGACUAAUCGUGGGCAAUCCACAAACGGCACAUCCAAUGAAGCUCACUGGGAAGUGAUCGAACGGAUCUUGUUUGUAUACUACAAAACACAUACGGGUCAAGGAUAUGUUCAGGGCAUGAACGAGUUGGUCGCACCGAUCUACUUCGUCUUUGCCACCGAUCCAGAUGAGCAGUGUCGCAGUAAGUUUAUGUUUGUGACAGCUUCCCCUGUUCGCCGGGAGGCCGUAUCGAUCCGUGUUUAA